AUGGCUAUGAAAUGGAUUUCAAUUUUUCUGCUGCUAUGGUUGAGUUGUAACUGUACUGGGAGCUGUGGAAAGGUGCUGGUACAUCCCACAGAAUACAGCCUUUGGAUAAAUAUGCAGACAAUCUUGGGUGAACUUGUCCACAGUGGUCAUGAAGUGAUUGUUCUGACAUCUUCUGCUUCCGUGUUUGUUGAUCCCAACAAAUCAUCUGCUAUUAAAUUUGAGAUUUAUCCUACAUCUUCAAUAAAAAAUAAUAUCAUGACAUGUUAUCUGCCAAAAGACACAUUUUGGAUGCUUUUUUCACCUAUGCAAGAAAUGUUUUGGGAAUUGUCUGAUUUUAUUGAAAAGCUCUGUAAAAAUAUCAUUUUUAAUAGGAAACAUAACAAAACUACAAGAAUCAUUCUUGCAGAUGCCAUCAUUCCCUGUGGUCAGCUGCUGGCUGAAUUACUGAAAAUACCUUUAGUGUACACUUUCUGCUUCCUUCCUGGCUAGACAAUUGAAAAGUAUAGUGAAGAACUCCCAAUCUCUCCAACCUAUGAACUUGUUAUUAUGUCAGAAUUAAGUGAUCAAAUGACCUUCAUGGAGAGGAUAAAAAUUAUGAUCUAUGUGCUUUACUAGUAUUUUGACUUUUGGUUCCAAACAUUUAAUGAGAAGUGGAAUCAAAUUUAUAGUGAAGCGCUGGGAAGACCCCUACAUUCUCCGCCCCCUCCCAGCCCGCCCGCCGCUAUGUAUGAGCGGGCUCCCCGCGUGCUCAGAUUCGCGGACGGCGGCAGCACCGCGGACCAUGUGGGGCCCGGGGCCUACCAGGUGCCUUUCCCGAAGCAGCAGGCAGCAGGUGGCUAUGCACCAUUCCUUUCUUUGGCUGCCAGAAACACUAAUGCCCCUAACACUGGGGAAGCUAUUCCAGGUCCAGCACACUAUAAUGUUUCUGAAAAAAAGUGUAAUAUAAAAGGAGGCCAUAGUCUACAAAACCGGGAGAAACGUUUUAAGAAGUUUAUUUCCGAUAGUCCAGGACCGGCAAGCUAUGAUCAGUCUUGUCCUGGAGCCUUAGAUACCAUGAAGAGAAAAGUUCUAGAGGCUAAAGAGCAUCUUCAAUCAAAAAUUUCAAGGUUACCUUCAGUUUUCAGAAUGAUUGUUCCUUCAAUUCCUUCUUAUGGACGAUCAUAUGGUUAUCAUAUUAAUGAGGAUGGCAGUAUUAUAAAACAUCUUCCACCUGCUAGUGAUAUCACACUAGGUCCAGCAUACUAUAAACCUCAGUUUGUAGAGAUUCAGGGACACAGGUUUAUUCCAUUUGCGUUACUUUCAUACCCUGAGAGCUUGUUGUCUUCUGCGUCCAGCUGGCAGAAGGAAAAGAAGAUGGUGGACUGCUAG